AGAGAUCCCGCACUAAAACGCUGGACGCUGCCCGUGAGCUGGGGCCUGCUGCCCCUCCCCUUAGCACGACAUUUCAGCUAUUUGCCUUCCUAACUGACACAUGAGGAAUUUCCAACCUGGACUUGCAGACUUGCCUCAUUCACCAUUGUUCUGAUCCUUUAGCUGGAGCUCAGCAAAAUGAACUGGAAGCGGGUCAUCCUCCUGUGUGCUUUUGCACUGGUUUUAAUUCUGGCAAUUGUUAAAGAAGCUGAAAGUGCAUCAGUGAGAGGGAAUCCAGCGGCGAGUAAAGAAAAACAGGAAGAAAUUAAAAAGGGGAUUUUCAUGCCAGAAGCUGAAGCGUCUAAGUUUUUUAAGCGACGUGCCAAGAGAUCCCCCAAAUCCAGAGACGAGAUGAAUGCAGAGAACAGACAAAGACUAGCUGCUGAUGAACGGAGAAGGGAGUAUUAUGAAGAACAGAGAAAUGAAUAUGAAAACUAUGUAGAGGAGGAACGUGAUGAGCAGUAUGAGAGAACCCGUGAAAAAACUGAACAAUGGCGUGAAUGGCACUAUGAUGGCCUCUACCCACCAUACGAGUACAAUCGUCACCAUGUUUAAAGUGGGCACUGACAGGAUUGCCUGAAAAGGACAAAAGACAUGAAAUAUAUAUUUGAUUGAUGUACCUUAUUUAAUAAUGCCAUGCCAAACUGGUCAGUUUUAAACUGAUGUCUUUUUUUUAUUCAGCUUUAUAUAGAUUUAGUCUUUGGGUUAUUACAUCAAAACCAAAAAAAUCUUUGUUACUAAAAUAUGAUAAAAAUGUGAUUUGUACAAAUGUAACGGUACUAUGAAUAUUGUAUCAUUAACUACUUUUUU